AUGGCUUCAAUAGACAGAAGAGAUGUAAAUCUGUUGAUAGGAAUGAAAUGGGACUUCUUUCAUGUCCUAGCAGAUGGAUUAUCCAGAGGGAUCAUGGUGUUAUGGAAGAAAAAUAUGGCUUCAUUCAAAGUACAAGAAUCUUCUUCUCAAUUUGUGGUUGGGGAGUUGGAGGUAGUCAAUAAAGGGAAGUGGAAGAUUGGAACAAUAUAUGUAAGUAGGGACACUUAUAGUAGAAGUUCUCUUUGGGGAAGGUUGGAGUAUCAUGUGUCUAAGGAAGUCCCUAUGAUAGUGGGUGGAAAUUUUAAUUAUUUGCUAUCAAGGGAGGAGAAGAAGGGAGGAAGGGACUUUGUUUAUUCUCUUGGUAAUAAGCAGAUGAAGUCCUUUAUCACAUGUAUUGAUUUACAUGAAGUGGAGAGCAUUGGUCCUAAGUUCACAUGGUGUAAUAACAAAAAGGGAGCUGAAAGGAUACUAGAGAAGUUGGAUAGUUGCCUUCUCAAUUCUGUGGCGAUGAACCUAUCCCAAUGGAUGGUGGUAAGGCAUCUAGCAAGGAUAGCAUCAGAUCAUUAUCCAAUAUUGUUGAACUUAUUGGAGUUUAAUAAGAUAAGUAAGAAACAGAUAAAGUUUGAAGAGGUGUGGGCUUCAUGUCCAACCUCUGUAACCGUUGCUAAGAAGGCAUGGUGGAGAAAAGUUUGUUGUAGUCUUCCUCAUAUUUUGAAUCAAAAGAUGAAUAGAGCAUUAAAAGCAUUAUUUAAUUGGAGUAAAGCCAAGUAUAAGGAGCUAAAUCAGUUGAAAGAUGAGUUAAAGAAACAAAUCCUGGAAUUGCAAACUAAAGAUGCUGUAAUCGGGUUUCUAAAUGAAGAGGAAGCUUGGCUACUCAAGUGGAGGCAGCGAGCCAAAGUGAAAUGGAUAAAGGAAGGGGACUCAAACACUAGAUUUUUUCAUGCUUAUGCCAGUGCAAGGAGGAAUAUAAAUUUUAUUCACAAAAUCAAGGAUGAAAAUGGUUUGAUCAUGGAAGAUCAGAUUAAGGUGGAGAAUGUUCUCAACAACUACUUCAAUGAAAAGUGGAAAGAAAGGGAGUGUUCCUUAUUGGGAUGGCCCAAACAGUGGAAGACAUUAAGCAUAGAAGACUCCUUGGUGCUUAGCAUAGAGUUUACAAUUGAAGACAUGGAAAAGGUGAUCCAAGAGUUGGGUCCAAACAAUGCACCGGGCAAAAAUGGGAUUUCUUAUUCCUUCCUCAAGGCAUAA